AUGUUUCAACCAUGCUCACAUUCAGACUUCUUGAUUUCCCGUUCGAGUCGUUCACGAGAUACUGUUGGACGUAAUUUGAUCUCGCACUUUUGCCCGUGCGCUACGUCUCCGGCUCGUCUCGCGCUUCUCGCAACAGCUAUUACUCGGGCCGUAUUUGCCUCUGGCGUCCUGGACGACAAUCCUUCCCUGCCUCAAACUGAGACCUACCAUUGCUACCAUCCAGAAAAGUUCCCUGUCUGUCUGGAAAUGGAAUUCUGGUCGCGCACAAUGAUCUACAGCGGCCUUUCGCGAAGCCAGCCGCCAACAUCCAAUUUGCAACGCCUAUACCGCGUUGCUGAGACUAUCAACCAGAGGCAGAAGAGGGCUGUAACUGUCUCGUCGUUGGCUGUUUCACCCAGCUUUGUCGCUUGCCCAUUGCGUUGCAGGGCCAUGAUAUUCCCGACUCUCGCGAGUACUGCACUGGCGAGCCAGCCUAUAAUCCACCAGACACACCAGACCGAGUUCUCAAAGUCACAUUGCUCGCCGCUGCAGCCUAUUUGGACGAAGCUAUAA